UCGCCGCAGACCCCGGCUCCCCGGCGUCCUGUCCUUUCGAGUUCCGGCGCCGCUCUGCAGCUCGGGGCGUGUAGCAAUCGGGGCAGUAGACCCCGUCAGCCUCGGAGGCCGGCCGACCCACCGUGUGGCCAUUACCACCUGCUAGCUUUGCUGCGACCCGCGCCUUGCAGUCGCCUAGCCACCAGUGCUGAGAAUCAAACCCAAGACUUGGGCAUGUUGGGCAAGCACUCCUGAUUAUUGUUGUUACAACUGAACAACAAUAGAUUAACAGAUUUAUUUUUCAACUACUUAGAAAUAUGGAAUCUGAAACCGAGGAUCCACCACCAGCAGUACAAGUGACACCUCUUCAGCAGAUGCUCGCCUCUUGUACUGGAGCUAUACUGACAUCGCUAAUGGUGACACCCCUGGACGUUGUUAAAAUUCGACUCCAAGUCCAGAACAACCCAUUCCCUAAAGGAAAGUGUUUUCUAUACAGUAAUGGCCUCAUGGAUCACAUGUGUAUCUGUGAAGAUGGGAGCAAGAAAGCGUGGUAUAAGAAGCCAGGAAAUUUCAAGGGAACCUUGGAUGCCUUUUUAAAAAUUAUCCGAAAUGAGGGCAUUAAAUCCCUGUGGAGUGGCCUCCCUCCUACUCUCGUGAUGGCAAUUCCUGCCACAGUUAUUUAUUUUACCUGCUAUGACCAAUUAAGCACUUUUCUGAGAUCUAAAUUAGGAGAAAAUGAAACCCGAAUACCAAUAGUUGCUGGGAUUGUCGCCAGAUUUGGUGCAGUAACAGUGAUAAGUCCGUUGGAACUGAUCAGAACUAAGAUGCAGUCUAAGAAGUUUUCUUACAAGGAGCUGCAUCGCUUCGUGAGCGUCAAAGUGUCUCAAGACGGUUGGAUUUCCCUUUGGAAAGGCUGGGCUCCUACCAUUCUCAGAGACGUGCCUUUCUCAGCAAUGUACUGGUAUAACUAUGAAAUUUUAAAGAAGUGGUUGUGUGAGGAAUCUGGUUUAUAUGAACCGACAUUUAUGAUCAACUUUACAUCAGGGGCAUUGUCUGGUUCUUUUGCAGCUGUUGCAACUUUACCAUUUGAUGUGGUGAAAACACAGAAACAGACACAACUUUGGGCAUAUGAAAGUGGCAAAAUUCCUGUGCCUUUGCAUAUGUCAACUUGGACUAUAAUGAAGAAUAUUGUUGCUAAAAAUGGGUUUUCUGGGUUGUUUACAGGUAUAACUCCUCGAGUAAUUAAAAUUGCUCCUGCUUGUGCCAUUAUGAUCAGUACAUAUGAAUUUGGAAAGGCUUUUUUCAAGAAACAAAAUGUUGAAAGGCAAUAAUUCUCUUGAUGGACUUUUGGUUUGAAAUAACCAGAGCCAACUAGGAUGAAGACUUGUAGACAUGAUGGUUUUUUCAACAUUAUUCUAUUACCGGGUAACUUUGUCUUCCCUAUGAUUUAAAUGAAUAAUAAUUCCUAAAUCUACCUCUAAACCAUAAUCCUACUUUUAAUGUUUUGGUAUUUUAAAAACUAAUAAAAAAAAAAAAAAAAAAAAACUAAUCCAGAAACUGCAGCCAUUUAGGGCUCUUGCAAAGAAAAUUACUCCUUAGCAGAGAAGGUAGUUUCCUGAGUGCAUAUAACAUUACCUCUUUCACUGUAAGUUAAUGCUGCCAGUGUGGGGUGCAUCAGAACGUUGGGAUUGUGUGCUGAAUGACACACUCUAGAGAAUUAACUCUUAUGCACAUUCAGAUCAUACACAUUAGCAUUUCCGUAGAGAGUGGGUUGAUUUCCUCAGUUCAAGUGCAUUGCAUUUUCUCACUGCUGUUACUACUCUAAGGCCUGCCUCCUGUAGCUUAGAAUCUGCUGAAGGUAUAGCCACUUCAUUUGCAUGAUGUAAAGGACUGACGUUAGUGACUCACAACCCUUACCUAAUGUUUCUGUGGGGGGCGUCUUCACUGAGAGUAAGUGUGUAUUCACUUGAAUUUGGAUCUGCAGUAGAAAACCAUGCUGUACUUAGACUGGUGAAAAUAAAUAGUUCGAGCACAGGAAUGGCUUCUGCUUUUAACUAGCUUGUAUUCUAAGUGUCGAUGUUGGUAGAGUUCUUUAGGUCAGUUCUGCAACUUUUUCUAAUAAAGUCAAUAUUCCCUAACUUAAAAAGACCAAAAUAAUAAAUUUUCCAAGAAGUUCAACUCUUCUAUGUGAUGUCCCAAUAUGAUGCUGCUACAGGGAAAAUCCCACACCUUCCCUCAAGUGACAGUAUACAGAAUGCAGGCACAUAAAAAUAUAUAAAUUGCCUUCAGGCUGUUUAUAUAAAUUGUACAUGAAACACAUGAAUAUAUUUAUCACUCUUAAGUAGGAAUGAGGUUUUUAAAAAUUACACGUAUUUAUUUUUUUGUUUAUGUUUAUGUGUAUACUGAAGGUCAGAGGAAACUUUCAGGAGUUAGGUCUCACCUUCCACAGUGUAGGUCUUGGGAUUUGGACUCAGGUGGUCAAGCUUAGCAACAAGUGCCUGUACCCACUGAGCCCAGGAGUGAGAUUUUAAAGUAUGAUUGGAAUGAAGUUCAGGGGUAGAAUGUGAAACUCUUGAGUUUCAUCUCCAGCACAGAUGAUAAAUAAUUUAAACCAAUAAGAUGGCAAUGUAAGAAAUGCUCUUCUGUUUUACUUAUCUCAGUAAAGCAAAAGCACUUUAUUAUGCUCUGUGUGUAUCCUAUGAAGUACCCCUCUCGGCCCCAACAGCAUAAUGUAUUUUGGUGACAGAUCUCUAGUUGGUUGGUAGAACAAGUGCAUUUUGUAUCAUAGUAGAAAGCAUUUGUAAAUUUCAUCAGAAAUAAAUGAUACAGGAGUUAUUGUACCAUGGUAUUCUACAUUACAAUCCUGUGUUGAUUUACAUUAAAAAUUUUAAUAUGUCCACA